AUGACGAGUAAGCCAUGGCUCUUAUUUGCUCUGCUUCUAAUCCUCUCUUUUGGCAAAGCAUGCUUCUCCAUAUCUGGUGAUACCCUUUCACCAGGUCAGUCUCUUUCUUAUUCAAAGAACGAGACCAUAGUAUCUCGAGGUGGCACUUUUGAGCUCGGUUUCUUCAGAGCAGGAAGUUCAUUAAAAAUCUACCUGGGCAUAUGGUAUAAAAUGUUUGACCAGAAGGACAAUAUUGUUUGGGUAGCAAAUAGAGAAGACCCUCUGUUUGACCUGCCUUCGUCAAGACUUGACCUCUCAGAAGAUGGCAAUCUACUCCUGUUUGGAGGUUCCUCCGACAUCCCAUUUUGGUUGACAAAUUUGACAUUUCCCCGCUCAACUGAAGCAAUACUUGGGGAAGAUGGGAAUUUUGUUUUAAGAGAUAGGUCGAAUGCGUCUUCUAUAUUGUGGGAGAGUUUCGACCAUCCGACCGAUACAUGGCUCCCAGGUGCAAAGUUUUGGAUCGAUAAGGUUCCUCAAAAACAGCAGCAACUCGUUUCAUGGAAAAAUUUAGAAGAUCCAGCACCUGGCGUGUUCUCGGUGGUGUUAGACCCAAAUGGAAGCAAUCAAGUUUGCUUACAGUGGAACACAUCCCAAAUCUAUUGGUGUUCUGGAGUUUGGAAUGGAAGUUCUUUCAGCUCGAUCCCUGAGAUGACAUUGAAUUCUAUCUACAACUUCAGUUUUGUUUCAAAUGAAAAGGGAAGAUAUUUUACUCAUUAUAUUUGUAAUCCAUCUCACCGCUCUAAAUUAGUGAUGUCGUCUACAGGAAAACUGCAGCUAUGGACGUGGCUGUCUGGCCCUUUGGUAUGGAAAACAUUUUGGCAUGGACCGUUGGACCAAUCUGAUGUCUAUGGUUUGUGUGGUGGAUUUGGCGUGUAUCGUGGGAAUUCCUCGAGCCCCUGUGAAUGUCUAAAAGGUUUUGAACCAUUUUCGAUGAACUACACCAGACUAAAUGAUUGGGCGGGUGGCUGUGUGAGGAAAUCUCCUUUGCAAUGUGAGAAUAAUACGUAUGGUAAUGGGACAAAAGAUUGGUUCAUGAAAAUGCCAAACGUGAGAUUGCCUGUUAGUUCGAAAGCAUAUAAUUGGGCAGCGAGUGCUAGGAUUCAUUGUGAAGCGGCUUGCAUGAAUAAUUGCCCUUGCACAGCUUAUGCUUAUAAUAGGAGUGGGUACUGUAUGAUAUGGGAAGGAGCUAUUUUUAAUUUACAGCAACUCUCAGAUGCUGGCGAGACUGGAGAAUAUAUCUAUCUUAAACUUGCUCCUAAUGAGAAUCAAAGUACCAAAGGCAAAAAAUGGAAAGUAUGGAUAGCUGUGCUGGUCCCUUCAAUAGGGCUUAUCUUAUGCCUUAUCAUUUGUUUUUCAACCAGAGGAAAGCUCAAACACAUAGGAGACAGCUCUUCAAGCAAUAAUUUGCUAUUAUUUGAUUUUGAUACUGAACUCCAUACAAUCAACGAUGGAAUGAACACCGACAAAGAUAUGAAGAAACGAGAGAAGAAGGAUGCUGAGUUACCAUUAUUCAGUUAUAAUAGUGUAGCAGCUGCAACUAAUAAUUUCUCAGCUACAAAUAAGCUUGGAGAAGGAGGUUUUGGACCUGUUUACAUGGGAAAUUUACUUAGCGGGCAGAAAAUUGCAGUGAAGAUGCUUUCAAAAAAAUCUGGACAAGGAAUUGAGGAGUUCAGAAAUGAGACAAAACUAAUUGCAAAAGUCCAGCAUAAAAAUCUUGUCAGACUCUUAGGUUGUUGUAUUGAGCGAGAUGAAAUGAUAUUAAUAUAUGAGUACAUGCCCAAUAAAAGUUUGGACUUCUACCUUUUUGAUCCAACCAAGAAAACGAUGUUAGGUUGGGAGACAUGCAUAUGCAUUAUUGAAGGGAUCACUCAAGGGCUUCUUUAUCUUCAUCAAUAUUCAAGAUUACGAAUCAUACAUAGAGAUCUAAAACCUAGCAACAUUCCCUUGGAUAGUGAAAUGAAUCCGAAAAUAUCAGAUUUUGGCAUGGCUCGAAUAGUUGGAGGCAAUGAAACACAAGCAAACACAAUCCGAAUUGUUGGAACUUAUGGAUACAUGUCUCCCGAAUAUGUUAUACAGGGUUUGUACUCGAUAAAGUCCGAUGUUUUUAGCUUUGGAGUAUUGCUAUUAGAGAUUCUAAGUGGCAAAAAGAAUACUGACUUUUAUAAUCAUAGUUCACUUGGUCUUCUAAGAUAUGCUUGGGAGUUGUGGAUAGAUGAUCGGAGUUUGGAGUUGAUAAAUCCAACAAUUGGGUAUCCUUCUUCUAGUUCUCUUCCGUUGAGAUUCAUUAACAUUGGCCUUCUUUGUGUCCAAGAAAGUCCGACCGAUCGUCCUACCAUGUUUAAUGUAGUCUCAAUGAUUAGCAAUGAACAUGCACCUCUACCUACACCCAAGCAACCAGCGUUUACCACAUACCAGAAUAUGAUGGACUCAAAUUUAACAAUUGAUGAUGCAUGUAAUUGCUCAAAUAAUGGUGUAACUAUAUCAGUAAUGGCAGCCCGAUGA